AUGGAUGCUCUAGAUAUAAAGUUAUGGAUUCCUGUUUUUGUAUUAAUAAUUAUAACAAGAAGUGAAGAUCUAAAUUCUAUGUGUAACAAAGCAACUGAUAUUAACUGUGAUCAUGGAUAUAAAGCAGAAGGAAACGAACUACUGUGUGCCACUGAUAGAAGAACCUAUCAAAAUUUAUGCUACUUUGUAAAAGCAAAAUGUUCGAACCAGGAUCUGGCAAUACUUCAUUUCGGUCCUUGUACAACUGAAACAAAUAACGAUAACCAAACCCUGACCACCAAAUCAAUAACGCGAUCAACAACACAAUUACCAUUGGACGAAUUGGAAAUCUUACAGAAAGUAUUUUGUAGUACAUCGAAAAAUAUACCAUGUGGAAAUGAUCAUAAGCCUAUAUGUGCUUCUAAUGGUCAACUUUAUCAAAAUGAUUGUGAAUUUGCUAAGGCUGGUUGCAACAGGACAGAUCGUUUGGAUAUUUUACCACAGAGUAGCUGUAUGUCUCAUAUAAUUGGUUGA